AUGGAUACUUGUAUGCAGCGGGAGGAUCUCAUGGCUCAUCGCCAAUUGAAAACGGUUGAGAAAUACGACCCUCGCAUCAAUGAAUGGACUUCAGUGGCUGACAUGAACGAAGUUCGAGUUGGAAUGAGAUUGGCCGUUGUCAACGAUAGGCUUUAUGCUGUGGGUGGGCGUGGAGGCGCCGACCAAGAAACAGUUGAAGUUUUUGAUCCUGAAGCGAAUCAAUGGGGAAAUCACAGCAACAUGAAUGAAAAGCGCUUUGAACCGGGUGUCGGCGUGAUACGUACGCGAUGA